GAAACAAUUCUCUAUUCUACGUGCUUACGCUCUUUUUUUGUUUAAGCAAGAGAUCGAGGAAAGGGAGAAAGUUAGCGCUUCGUGAGGAAGAUUAGAUCAAGCACAAGCUAGGCAAAGAUGGCUUCACGCAAGAAGGUUUUAUUGAAGGUUAUUAUCCUCGGCGAUAGCGGUGUAGGAAAGACGAGUUUGAUGAACCAAUAUGUCAACAAGAAAUUCAGUGCAAGCUACAAGGCGACUAUCGGGGCAGAUUUCUUGACAAAGGAGGUCCUAGUCGAUGAUCGAUUAGUUACCAUGCAGCUUUGGGAUACAGCAGGUCAAGAACGUUUCCAAUCGUUAGGGGUCGCAUUCUACAGAGGAGCGGAUUGCUGUGUCCUUGUCUACGACGUGAACAAUACAAAGAGUUUCGAUACAUUGGAUAGUUGGAGGGAUGAAUUCCUGAUCCAGGCCUCGCCCAGAGAUCCAGAAAGCUUUCCGUUUGUCGUUCUAGGCAACAAAAUUGAUGUCGAAGAGAACAAGAGAAUGAUUUCCUCAAAACGGGCUAUGACUUUCUGUACUUCAAAGGGCAAUAUUCCAUAUUUCGAAACAAGUGCCAAGGAGGCCAUCAAUGUUGAGCAAGCCUUUGAAGUUAUUGCAAGAAACGCCCUAGCACAGGAGGAAUCGGAAGAAUACAACGGAGAUUACUCAGAUCCAAUUAACAUCCAUAUCGAGAACGAUAGAGAUGGUUAUAAGAUAAAGAGGCGUUUAAAGGACGAGAUCUCACAACUUGAUCCAAGUACAACGGCGCAACCAGUUCAACUCGGCGCGAUGAGUGCGUCAACGGAUUCUGCUACAAUGCAGACAUAUACCCAGAGAGUAUCGCUGGAAAGGACGAUCACAGGCACGAGUGCAACCGCAAGCACUGGCAGCAAGAAUGUGGGAUUUAGAGCCGGAGUGGGGUUAGAGAAUGUAGCGCGCAGGACACUGGGGAUGGUGCUAUUGGGAGUUACAGUGAUGUUAUGGACGAGUAGUAAUUUUCUUGCUAGUUACAUAUUCGCCGAUAAUACCUAUUCGAAACCAUAUUUUGUCACAUAUAUCAAUACAUCAUUCUUUGCUGUAUCGUUGAUCCCUAUAUUUCUACGAAUAUCGAGAGAGCAUGGCUGGUCACAUGUGAAGGAUUCGGCUGUGGACUACUAUCAUGACCAAUUAUCAGAAUACCGCACCGGACUCCAGAAUCUCCGCAAAGGAUGGCAUCGCCGAGGAUCCAGUCGAGAAGACCAAGAGUACGAUUCUAUGAGCGCUUCUCAUUCCCGUCUCCUAAGCUCUACCGACGACCUUGACACAGAUCUUCCGCAGCCACAAGAACAAGAGAAGGAAGACAGAUUAAGUGUAUCCGAGACUGCAAAACUUUCUUUAGAAUUCUCUCUUCUCUGGUUCAUAGCCAAUUAUCUCGUGGCCGGCUGUCUCGAAUACACGUCCGUAGCCUCCUCCACAAUUCUGACCUCCACUUCCUCAAUCUUCACCCUCCUCUUUGGGGCGCUUGUUCGUGUCGAAUCCUUCACCGUCCGCAAACUCGUCGGUGUUCUGGCUUCCUUUGUAGGCAUCAUCCUCAUUUCCUCUGUCGAUCUAGGGAGUACGGACAAUGACUCAAACCGUGGGAACUUUCCCCACAAAUCCCAAGCGCAAAUUGCGAUUGGCGAUCUUAUGGCUUUUGGAAGCGCGGUGAUGUAUGGACUGUAUGCAGUAGUGAUGAAAAAGCGCUGCGGCAACGAAGAUCGGGUCGAUAUGCCACUAUUCUUUGGGCUCGUUGGAUUUUUCAAUGUUGUUUUUCUCUGGCCCGGUUUCUUUAUUUUGCAUUUCAGCGGCGUGGAAACAUUUGAGCUACCUCCCACUGGCAAAAUCUGGCUCAUAGUGUUACUGAACUCUUUAAGCAGUUUUAUAAGCGACUAUUGCUGGGCGUAUGCGAUGUUGCUAACAACGCCAUUGGUAGUGACUGUAGGCUUGAGUAUGACGAUCCCGUUGAGUUUGGUGGGCCAGAUGUGGUUGAAUGAUCAAACAAGCACUGCAAUUUAUUGGGUGGGUGCAUUGGUUGUGGUGGGAAGUUUUGUGUUUGUUAAUCAUGAGAGCAAGGAUGAGGAGAAGGGGGGGCCAGGGGAUGAAAGAAUCAUUCCUAUCGUGAUUGUUGUGGAUCAUGAUGAGAGCAGAGAUGAAGUGGUUUAG